AUGGUCUGUCUUCCGUCUCUCAGAGAGAUGUCCAGUAAUCGCAGCCUGGACAACCUGGACUGUAUCGGAGGAACAUCGUGGGACGAAGACAGCUUCAGCCAGGCCGGCAGCACUUUGGGCAGGCGGAGUUGCAUAGAACAGCUGCGAGAUUUGGAAAAGGGUCAUCGUUAUGAGGAUAGAAGCUCAGAGUCUACCUUCAGAGAUCUCCAUUCUCAGGACCACUCAGAGCCUCCAGAUCUACCCAUGCCCACGUGCUUCAGAUCUCGCAGCCACAGCUACCUGAGAGCCAUCCAGGCUGGCUGUUCCCAAGAUGACGACACAGCUUCCAUAGACUCGGGCUGCUCGCCGCCUCCGAUCGACUCCACCGUUCGAACAUACAGCACCAGCACCGACAACCAAUGGAAGACAUGGAAAGAGCAGUUUGCCUCUUACCUGAUAGCCACUGGCUUGGACAAAGCCCCAAAGGAGAAACAACUUGCAAUAUUUCUUCAGCGUUUUGGGACAGACAGACCACGCAUUCUACCCCCACACACAGUUUCUACACACUUAACCAGCUGUAAGAAGGCUGCUCCUCCACCAGUGCCUCCGCGCACAACCUCCAAGCCCUACAUCUCUGUGACGGUACAGAGCAGCACGGAGUCGGCACAGGACAACUACUUGGACCAGCAGGACAGGAGGUCAGAGGUCAACAGCCAGUCGAGCCACGCUCACAGCAACUCUUCUGACAGCCUCGACAGCACCCGUGCCAACAGCCUCGCCCGAGGCAUUCCCCGUCCUCCACACAUCAUUCCAAUUCCCGUUGCUACCCCGAGGGACCCGAUCACCCCCAGCACCGCCAACGCUUCCACUGAGACGAGUGACUCAGUGGUCCAUCACGAAUCUGUCAAAUCUGGAUCUAAUAAAGGGAAUCUAACAGCAGAGGAGCCUUUUGUUGUCCCAGUGCAGAGAAGGAAACUGUCUUCCAUUGGGAUACAGGUUGACUGCAUUCAGGAAGUUCCCAGGGAAGAGACCCCUCCACUGGCCAGAUUCCAGUCAAUAGGAGUGCAGGUGGAGGACGGGUGGCAGCCCAGUCGCUUGAGCAGCAUGGCCUCAAAACAAGACACUGACUCAGACACGCAGGACAUCUCCAUCAUUUCCCAUAUCAUCAACUCCAAACCCCUUGAGAAGAAAAUCAUGGUCAACAGUGCCAGUCAGUCCCUCAGUUCCCCUCCUGGACAAGACUCUUUAGACAACGGAGACCCCACUGGUGACGCCUCGUCCCCACCGCUCCCCAGGCAGAUCCUCAAUCGCUCCACCACACGAAGUAGCUCCUCCUCUUUCUCAGAGAGCUUGGAUCCAGCGCUGGAUCCCUCGUCUCUGCCUCCUCCAGACCCCUGGCUGGACAGUGGGAAUGGGAAUAACGGCAGCGUCUCCCAGAGUGGAGGAGGAGGGACGGGAACGCUCUGCCGGAGAGAUGGCCACUGGUUCCUGAAGCUGCUGCAGGCUGAGACGGGACGCAUGGAAGGCUGGUGUCAGCAGAUGGAGCAGGAAGUCAAAGACAACCAGCUGUCAGAGGAAGUGCUGGGAAAAGUUCGCAGCGCUGUGGGAAGCGCUCAGCUCCUGAUGUCUCAGAAGUUCCAGCAGUUCCGGGGACUGUGUGAACAAAACCUGAAUGUGACAGCCAGCCCGCGGCCCACAGCUCAGGACCUGGCUGGCUUUUGGGACAUGCUGCAGCUCUCCAUCGAAGACAUUAGCCUCAAGUUUGAUGAGCUCUACCAUCUCAAGUCCAAUGAUUGGCAGCCCAUGCCAUCUGCUGCUGCCCAGUCGCCCCCAGAGCGGAAGAAUGAGGAGAAGACCUCUCCGGCAUCAAAGAAACCUGGUAAGGGGCGAUCGACUCUCAGCUGCGAGAAGAACGCAGACUCUUCAUCCACCUCUUCAUCGGCCUCAGCAGAAAAGCAGAGACAAGAGGCUCGCAAGCGCCUGCUGGCUGCGAAGAAGGCCGCCUCAUUUCGCCAGAACUCUGCCACAGAAAGCUCAGACAGCAUCGAAAUUUACGUCCCCGAGGCACAAACUCGCCUCUGAGAGAAACCGCGAGCGAGAAGGAAGAACGGACAGAUAAGUGUGGAGAAACGAACGGAUGCUGACAGAGUAAAGACGGAUGCUGUGUGGGGGAGAGAAGCACCUGAACUUUUAGAGUUUUGACACACACAAAUAUAGGCUGGUCCUGAUUAGAACAUAAAAUGAGAAGUUGAUUUUAAUUUUUAUUUUUUGUGGACCCAAACAAACUUUGAAGCGGGAGAUUCCUCAUUUGAGGUCGACGGUGAAACCUCAGCUGAUGAACUCGGUGGAUAUUUGUUCUUGAUAUAAUAAAAAUUGUUUCUCAAGGUAUUAUUAUGUCACUUAGAAGCUAAAGAAUCUUUAUGAGGACUGUUUUUUAAAACAUCCUGUAUCUAGGCUAUAAGAGGUAUGACGUGGGCACCCACUUUUCCCAGGUCACUGGCCAUCUUUGUAGCUUUGCACAGCACCACCUGGUGGCCAUCACGCAAUCUGCACCACAAUUUCACCCAUGUACGUCUUCCUUUUUUCCAUUUAACUGUUAGUUAUGAAAAAUUCCACUUAAAUCAGGGUAAUCGGAUUAUUUUUGGUGUGAUGAAAACAAGGUUUGGGGUGUUAUUUGUCUUGUUUCCCUGUAAGUUAUUAUUGUGUCCUGCAGAAUGUUUAGGGUCAAAGAUUUUUAAAAUUAUUAUGACUCUGUAAACUUGGGUUUCUUAAUGGUUUUGAAUGAAAGUGCAUAUUAGCCAAGACAGAGGAUCUCAGCUUUCUGUCCGCAAUAUACUUUUGUAGGAGGGAUAUCUUAACUCCUUUUAGUCUCUUUUAAUUUUUUAUUCUCAUGAAAUAACAGAUUCAUAGUUGAUAAUUAAGAGAUAAUUGUUCCAUUUGUACUUUAAAUAAUUUCUAGCGGCAUCACUGAGCACUAAACAUUUCAAAUGAAUCUAAGAUUUUAACGGAGGUCAUGCAGCAGGUUGAGAGGGGAACGUCUCGUUAUGUUUUGCUUCCCAUCACCCACGUCACUGCAAACCGUCAAUAAUUUCCUCUCUGAACAGCACCCAUGUCCUCAGUCCCUCAAGCAUUACAGAUAAUACUGUUUUUGAUCAUUUAUUCAAUCUUGUUUGCUUUUUCUCCAUUAAAAAACUGUAGAAGCCAAAGAUGAUUUCACUGUUUUAAUUUCAAACUGUGUUGAAAGGUCAACAGCAGCUGACUGAGAGGACAUGAAGAGGACUUCAACUGCAGCAAUAUAUUUAAUGCAGGUUUAACAUUUUGAUAAUCACAUGGUCGGAUGCUUCAACAGAACUGCCCGUUCUCACGACGACAGCGAGCAGCUGCUUUGAAACAUUCAAGAUCACAAGCCUCCCCUUCGGUCCUGGCCCUGAAGGCGACUGUAUGGAGUCGUUUCUGACCUCAGGACUGGGCUCACCCCCUUCAGUCCUGUAGACCAGCACUGAUCUAAAGACACGUCUCGUCUGCAGCAAAUGGAUAUCUGAAUCAGUAAAAUGUUCA